AGCGAGAGGUAUUAGACCUGGAGCUCGCCUUAUACCAGAGGCAGAUGGCUGGAGCGGAGACGGAGGAGCUACAGCAGCGGCUGUCCCGCCUCCGACAGGCCGCCGUGCCGACCCGAGGCCGCGGCAGGGGCGCCAGGGCGCGUGGUCGCGGGCGAGGUGGUGCCGGCCGCGGCGCCGUCCCCGGUCGGUUCUCAUCCAUUGACCGGCGACCGACCACCCUCAUUGUCUCAGACUUCGCCGCGGUCGGCCGGGCGGGCACCGUCGCCCAUCUAACGAGGUUCGGCGAGGUGACCGACUGCCGGCCGGCCGGCGACACUGGCGCCGCCCUGGCGGUGACCUUCGGUACCAGGCGGCAGGCGGAGGCCGCGCUGGCAGGGGGCGCCACCGUGGGCGUGCACCGGCUCACCCUCGGCUGGCCGCUCUCGGCGACAGCAGCAGCGGCGAAGGCGGCCGCUGAUGUCGUGCAGACUGUCGAAAUGGACACCGGCGCCGACCAGGCAGUGGACACUGACCCCGCGGAGUCUCCGACCAACCUCUCCGACUUCGAGGACGACGAGGGAGACGAUGCUGACGACGAGGAUGACCGCUCGUGGCGGCCGUAAGAACGGUCCUGCCGCAAACGGUGCGCGUAAAAUAGUCCUGCUGUUGGCAGUGCACGCAGAACGGCCCUACCGCAGACAGAGCGCGCGGAAAGAGCCUGGAUGCUAUGGCCGGGGUUGAAUCUCAUGUUACUGAAUGACUAGACUGACUGGAACCAAGGCAUUGUUACAUAAUGUUCACAGGGUGAGAGCUGACUCGAUACCAGUCGGAUAUAUGGUCUCCUUUGGCCUUCAGUGCGUUACGGUGACUGGUUGACCUGUCAACUACCUCAGUUGGCAGGUCAAUCAAGCAAAUAACGUGGUGGACAAUACUUAUCGAAGUUGGAGUUCUGUAAAACUUGCCGGUAUUUUGCCUGUGACGCAGCCAGGCUGACUGCAGUUGAUUUUAUGACGGGGAAAAGUAACGUUGCUACUUACUCUUACCGUUUCAAUGGUUGGAACUCGGUGUCUUCCAAAUACCUACCAGGGAGGGCAAGUCUUUCAGACAUGCUCGUAUUUGGAUUGCCGUUACCGCGUAUAUGAAGUAUAAACCGUUGACGAUAAGCAGAAUUAUUUUUGCUGAGAUAACUCGUUGGGACUGGUUAUUGUGAAUAUUGUCACCCUGCAUAAUCUGCACAAGUCGCAUUUCGUGGACUUCUCUUUUAUCGUUACCACUCAAUAUUUCUUUCGUUGUUAUAAGUUUGACUCACGUCGCUACUUUGUUGAGCACAUGAUGGUCUCGCGUAGUAAACGUUCGUUUCACCUAAAACGCUGUCUGGACGGAAUUGUGUCGUGUACCGUGAAUGAAGUUGAUACACUUUUAAAAUGCAUUGUCUCCGAGUGUGGCGAUAGCAGCUCUGGAGAUAGCAGUGUGAAGGCCGGCCUCUCCCUGCGAAGCCUGGCAGACUAGACAGUUGUUUUGUCGAACCUAAUCUAGUCACCCCCAUCUUUGCUAGGGCGCUGCUGUUGCCAUGGAUAAUUUUAGAGUCCACCUCACAAUUGAUGUGCCGUGUUGUGUGUCGUUGCGGUUUCGUAGGCAACAGCCCGCCCUGAGUGAUUGCUGUGCCUUAACUCGUGUGGUAACCGGUUUUCACGUUAUUGUUCCCCGACUAAUUCUUGUUUGAAGUAUUUAAGAAAAUAAACGAUGUAUAUGUUUCCUAG